AGUUUGGUUUGUUUCAUGAAACAAAUUCCGUCUUCUGUUAAGCACUUAUUUUACGCUGAUGAUUUGGUAUUAUAUGUAAAUUGUAAAGAAAUAAAAAUUGGUGAAUCUAUUAUGAACAGUUGUCUGCGUAAUAUUCAUAGCAUACUAACUAAUUCCCUAAAACUUGAGGUUAAUGUUUCCAAAAGUUCUGUAAUUCUUUUUUCUCAAAAUGGCUUACAUUAUCCUCAAGUUUUAUACAAUUCUAACGUUAUUCCUGCUCAGUCUUUUGUCAAAUACGUUGGCCUAUUUCUUGAUUAUGAUCUUUCUUGGAAAACUCAUAUUGAUACAAUUUCUAAAAGAGCUGAACUGGGUUUAAACAUAUUGAAGUCGUUAACUGGAGUAAAAUGGGGAGCAGACCCUAAGGUCCUUAAAACUAUAUAUAUUGCUACAAUUAGAAGCCACUUCGACUAUAGUUGUAUGUUUUUUGCUGAUGCGAAUACCCAUCUUUUAAGGAAGCUAGAUAUUAUCCAAAAUAGGGCGCUACGAGUUAUUACUGGAGCUAUGAUGUCAUCUCCAAUUAAUUCUUUGGAAAUAGAGGCUGGCAUUGUUCCUUUAUUUGUACGCAGAUGUUAUAUCACUGACAAGUAUGGUCUUAAGUUAGUUAGUCGUAAUAACGAAGUAACUUGUAGAUACUUAAAUAAUGUUAAUAUUCCAAAUUAUAAUUUAAUACCGUUUCCUAAUUCUUCUUCCAUAAGUGAUGUUAUAACUUAUUUAAACUUUGAAUUUCAAGAUAUAGUGCUUUGGUCUAAUUUGCUUCCCUGUUUUGAACAUGAAUACAAUGAUAUUAUGCGAGACGUGGUUGUCGAACUGGUUAAAUUUGAAUCGAAAUAUGACUUUUUGGAGUUUCUUGAUGAUAAGAUUGAUUUUGUUAAAUUAUAUACUGACGGCUCUAAAACUAAAGAUAGGACCAGUUUUGCAUUUUUCGACUCUUUUUUGAACAUAGGAAAAGUUUUCGAAUAUAGUAGUUAUUUUUCAAUAUUUUCGGCUGAAGUAUUAGGCAUAAUUUACGCUUUAGAACAUAUUCAUGAUAAUUAUAUAACUGAGAAUAAGUUUUUAAUUUUAUCUGAUUCCAUGAGCGCUUUACAAGCACUUAAAAAUAAAUGUGUGAGUGCAUCUGUAAAUUACUUAAUUUAUAAGUUAAGAAGUUGUUUGAGUUCUUUAUUAUAUAGAAAUAUUACUGUUGAAUUUUGCUGGGUUCCGGGACAUUCAGGAAUUUUUGGUAACGAACUUGUAGACAAGCUUGCCAAAUCCACAGAAAAUAUCCAAGUUUGUGAUUUAAAAGUACCUCAGUCCGAUUUAGUGCCUUUUGUAAAAGAACUUAUGAUUAGAAGGUGGAACAACUCGUGGUCUAAAUCCAAAGAAGUCAAAGGGAAAUGGCUAGCUGAAAUAGUCCCAGCACCUAGCACCAAGUCGUGGUUUGAAUACCAAAGAAAAUAUGUAGAAAGGGCAUUUAUUACAACUAUGUGUAGAUUGCGUAUUGGUCAUGCUCGUUUUCCUGCACAUCUCUUUAGACUAGAGCUAAGUGAUUCUGCUGUUUGUGCACAUUGUAAUUUUAAUGUAUGUGAUCUCGAUCAUAUUUUUUUCCAUUGUCCUGCAUUUAAUUUACAAAGGCUGUUGUUUGUUGCCAUGUGUAUGGACACAGGUUUGCAAGUUCUACCAAAAUCUGUGCAGGGCCUUUUGAAAUAUAAACAAUUAUAUCCUGUAAUCUAUGAAUUUGUUGUUCACACUAUUGGCAGUUUGUAAAUAUUUUAUAAGUGAUUGAAAUAACCA